AUGUUGAAACUAAUUGUGUUUUUUGUAUUUUUAAGUGGAUUUGUUAAUGGACUCAGGUGGAAUGUUUUUAAAGCUGGAGGCAGUUUGGGGAGCCCCCAUUUGAGGAGACAUCAUAAACAUUUGCCACCCGAGCAAUGGUUUGAACAGAAUUUGGAUCAUUUUAAUCCGAUUGAGAAUGGGACGUGGAAACAGAGAUAUUUUACGAAUGACCAGUUCUACAAACCAGGAGGUCCAGUUUUUCUGAUGAUCGGUGGAGAAGUACCCAUUACCAAUAAAUGGAUGGUCGAAGGACAAUGGAUUGAGUAUGCAAAACAGUUUAACGCUUUAUGCUUUCAAUUGGAACAUCGAUAUUAUGGAAAGAGUCAUCCUACAAGUGAUCUCGGUACCAAAAAUCUUAUAUAUCUGAACAGCGAACAAGCCUUGGCUGAUUUAGCAUCCUUUAUUCAGGCCAUGAACGAGAAAUGUGGAUUUUCAGGCGCACCAAAGUGGAUUGUUUUUGGAUGCUCUUAUGCGGGAACUUUAGCUGCUUGGGUUCGAGAAAAAUAUCCACAUCUGGUACAUGGGGCUGUUUCUUCAAGUGCACCUUUGCUGGCUGCUGUCGAUUUCAAAGAAUUUUAUGUGGUAGUAAAAGAUUCCCUAGCUACUCACAGUGAUAAAUGCGUGGAGGCUGUCAAGAAUGGAACGAAACAAUUGGAGAUUUCAAUGAAACACAUGAUCGGGAUGAGAUCUCUGGAUGAAAAAUUCAGACUGUGUGACCCGAUAGAGAGUAAUGUGGACAACUCUUUAGACAUUAGUAAUUUAUUUGAAAUGUUAGCAAAUAAUUUUGGUGAUAUUGUUCAAUAUAAUAAAAAUAAUAGAAUGAGUAAAGAUGGUACUUCUAAUAUUACUAUUGAUACGCUUUGUGACAUCAUGGUGAACGAAGCCAUUGGAACACUUUUGGAUCGCCUUGCAGAAGUUAAUUCUUUAAUAUUAAAUGCCACCGAUGAGAAAUGUUUGGAUUACAAAUACGAUAAUAUGAUUAAUAAGUUGAGGAAUACAUCUUGGGACAGUGAAAUGGAUGAAGGAGGUCGACAAUGGAUGUACCAAACAUGCACACAAUUUGGUUUCUUUCAAACAAGUUCACAAAGCGAUAAGAAUAAUAUAUUUGGAAAACAUUUUCCUGUUGACUUCUUUAUCCAAAAGUGCAAAGAUAUUUUUGGAUUGAGAUACUCAAUGGACAAUCUAGAGAAAGCAGUGGAGCGUACAAAUAUAAUAUACGGAGCCCUAAAUAUUCCGACGACUAGAAUUGUAUUCGUGCAUGGUUCCAUCGAUCCUUGGCAUGCACUCGGAAUCACAAAGUCGAUGAGGAAGGAAAGUCCUGCUGUUUAUAUCAAAGGUACUGCACAUUGUGCAAAUGUGUACCCAGCAAGGGACUCUGAUUUGCCUCAAUUGAAACAAGCGAGACAGUUUGUAGGGCAGUUGAUCAAAAAGUGGUUAAACAAUAAUGAUUCAUAG